AUGGGUGUCCCCGCGCUGUUCCGAUGGCUAUCCAACAAGUAUCCGAAGAUCAUCUCUUCGGUGAUCGAGGAGUUGCCGCAGCAGGUGGAUGGUGAAGAAAUUCCGGUUGACACCACGCGCCCGAAUCCCAAUGGAGAAGAAAUGGACAACUUGUACUUGGACAUGAACGGUAUUGUUCAUCCGUGUACUCAUCCUGAAGGCCGACCCCCACCAGCAAAUGAGCAGGAGAUGAUGUUGGAGAUCUUCAAGUAUACCGAUCGAGUUGUCAACAUGGUCCGUCCCAGGAAACUCCUUAUGAUUGCUAUCGAUGGUGUUGCACCAAGAGCGAAGAUGAACCAGCAGCGUUCUCGUCGAUUCCGAUCCGCACAAGAAGCCCAGGAAAAUGAUGAGAAAAAGGAGGAGCUCCAAAAAUUGCUUGCCAAACAGCGCGCCGCAAAGGGAGAGGAGGCUGUCAUGCAGGAACAGGUCGUUCAUAAAACCUGGGAUAGUAAUGUCAUCACUCCCGGUACACCCUUCAUGGAUAUCCUUGCUGCCUCUUUGCGUUAUUGGAUUGCUUACAAGCUCAACACUGACCCUGCUUGGGAGAAGAUGAAAAUCAUUAUCUCGGAUGCUACGGUACCAGGAGAGGGUGAACACAAGAUUAUGGAAUUCGUACGAUCACAAAGAGCGUCCCCAGAGCAUGAUCCUAAUACCCGUCAUGUUAUUUACGGUCUUGAUGCUGAUCUUAUCAUGCUUGGUCUUGGCACUCACGAACCCCAUUUCCGUGUGCUACGUGAGGAUGUUUUUUUCCAAGAGUCCAAGCCUCGGGCUUGUAAAUUGUGCGGUCAGGCUGGCCACAAGGCUGAGGAAUGUACUGGCCGUGCGAAAGAGAAGAGCGGAGAAUUCGAUGAAAAGCAAAACGCAGUUCCUCUCAAGCCAUUCAUCUGGCUGCACGUCUCAGUUCUGAGAGAGUACCUGGCUGCUGAACUGCAAGUUCCCCAGCAACCAUUCCCCUUCGAUCUGGAACGAGCUUUGGAUGAUUGGGUCUUCAUGUGUUUCUUUGUUGGAAACGAUUUCUUACCCCACCUUCCCGCGUUGGAUGUCCGUGAAAAUGGUAUUGACACUCUUAUCGCCAUUUGGCGUGACAACAUUCCGGCUAUGGGCGGUUAUCUGACAGAAGAUGGACAAGUCAACUUCUCUAGAGCCCAGCUCAUUUUGCAAGGUGUUGCAAAACAGGAAGAUGCAAUCUUCCGACGCCGCAGACAGGGUGAGGAGAGAAAGGCAGCGAACCAGAGGAGACGUGAGGAACAAGAGAGAGCUCGGAAUAACGAACAUGCCAGUAAGCGAAGACGGAGUUCACCGAACUACAAUGGCCCGACACGCCACCAGGCUGGUGGUGACAACGUUCCCCCUCCUGGCUUGGAGUUGAUAACCCCGGGUCGUGGGCACUUGGACAAACAGACGAGAGAGCUUACUCACAGCAUGGUCGUGAACCGUGGCGCUGUGUAUCGCGCCAACAUGGAGAACAAGAGUGCCGCCGCUGUGCUGAAAAGCAAACUCAUGAAGGGCUCGCAGGCUGAACCAGUCGCCGAAGAACCAGCUCCGUCAGAGGACGACGCUGCCGAUUCGCAAGCUGUUCUUGGAAAGAGAAAGGCGGAUGAUGAAGCCGCAGAGGAACAGGAAGACGAGCCAGGAACUCCUGGAAGAGACUCGCCUCCCGCCCCACCUGCCAAACCCAAGGAGAACGAGGAACCCCAGGAUACUGUUCGACUCUGGGAACCUGGAUAUGCUGAUCGUUACUACGAGCAGAAAUUCGGCGUUGAUCCUGAGGAUCAUGAGUUCCGCCACAAGGUCGCCCGUGCUUAUGCAGAGGGUCUUGCCUGGGUGCUUCUCUAUUAUUUCCAGGGCUGUCCUUCUUGGACUUGGUAUUAUCCAUACCACUACGCUCCAUUUGCCGCUGACUUUGUGGAUAUCGGUGACAUCGUCCUCGAUUUCAGCAAGGGCCAGGCUUUCAAGCCUUUCGAGCAGCUGAUGGGUGUCUUGCCUGCGGCUUCUAAUCAUGCCCUGCCCGAGGUGUUCCACGACCUCAUGAGCAACCCGGAAAGUGAAAUCAUUGACUUUUACCCUGAGGAUUUCCCCGUGGAUCUCAACGGCAAGAAAUUCGCGUGGCAAGGCGUGGUUUUGCUUCCGUUCAUUGACGAGAAGCGUCUGCUGGCUGCUAUGGAAAAGAAAUAUCCCCUUCUCACUGAAGAAGAGCGGCUCCGCAACACCCACGGCCGAGAGGUUUUAUUGCUGUCGGACCAACACCCCCUUUACCAAGACCUUGCCGCCAACUUCUACUCCAAGAAGCCCGGUCCAGCGCAGUACAAAUUAAAUAUGCGCGUAAGCGAUGGCCUGGCCGGUAUUGCUGAACGUAGCGACACUUAUAUACCCCAUGGGUCCCUGGUCUCCAAUCUGGAAGACUACGGUAUGCCCAGCCUCGAUGAUGACCGCACCCUCACGGUCAAUUAUUCGAUUCCCAAGUCCGAGCACCUGCACAAGUCUAUGCUGCUCCGAGGCGUGAAGUUCCCAACACCCAUGCUGAAUGACGCCGAUGUUCGCGCUGUUAAGGGCCGCGCUCAGCAUUCGGGUCGCCAAUUCGGAGGUGCCCCGUUGAAUGGUCGAGGACGUGGAGGCCGCAUGGACUACGGAGGUGGCCGUCCUAACCCUUUCGCGGCGCAUCUUGAUCCUCGCUUCAUGAACAUGCCACAGGGUGGCCAGGGUGGCCAGCACGGUGGAAUGCCGAUGAUGCCUCCCGGGUGGGUGCCCCCUCAACAGGGUGCUGGCGACUACUCCCGAGGCCCACCUCCACCCCCACGUGGUGGGAUGUCCCAUCAAUACCCCCCUAGGGACUACAAUGGUCAGCAGGGCCAGUAUGGUGGGCACCAUAACUAUGGCUCCCAAGACAACUGGGGCAGAGGUGGCUACCGCGGAGGUAGAGGACGAGGACAGUACCAAGGACAUUCUGGAAACCGCGGAAAUCGUGGAGGUGGCGGUGGAGGCUACGGCCGUUACUAG